UCUACCUUCGAUAAGCAGAAGACUAACUUAAGCAGGAGAUUUAUUGCCGAUCCGAUUGUCCGAAAACUAUCCGAACACUCUCCAAAUAAAAGUGAAAGUGAUGCAUUUCUUCCUCAUCUGGAGCCAGAGUUGCUGAGUUGGAUUCAUAGAACAUCAAAAACUAGGGAGCAAGUCUCGUUCUCACAACCUCUAUAUCUGUCUCACGGCGCGCGCGGGGACACAGUCGUGCGGUAGUUUUUGGUAAGCCUCUCUCUUCCGCACACGACCAAAAAACUAAGCAGACAGACAACACAUCGAAGCAAGCAUCGAGUAGAGACAACAAAAAGGUGAAACUUGUAAAUCAAGAAAGAACUCAACACUCCCAACACACCCACAACCACAUAGUAAAACACCAUAAAAAAUUAUAAAGAAAAACCAAUACCAAAUCCAUCUCUCUCCGCAACCAAACCCACCCGAAGAAAGAAACAGGAGAGACAAACGAUGCAAAAUCCGCCAUCACCACCGCCACCUGGACAUCCACCCUUCAUAUCCACCAGCAUAACCACCAUUUCCAAGGACCCCAAGACCACCCUAUACGUUAUCUUAGCCAUUUCCCUUUUCUCCCUCUUCUUCUUCCUCUCCCUCUCCUCCUCCUCCGCCUCCACCUCUUCCUCCCAACCCCGAGCAGACCCGUUCCUCUUCCCGUCACACCAAACCCACCAGGUCCUCUUCCCCAACCCCAACUCUGAACCCACCCCUCCCUCAAUCGCCUACCUCAUCUCCGGAUCCGCCGGAGAUUUGGGUCGGAUCCUCCGCCUACUCUUGGCCACCUACCACCCCAGGAACUUCUACCUCCUCCACCUAGACCUCUCCGCUCCCCAGACCGACCGCGACGCUCUCGCUCUCAUGGUCCAAUCCGUGCCCGUUUUCAAAGCUGCCCGGAAUGUCAAUGUCAUUGGCAAGGCCGGCUUCGCGUACCCAAAGGGCUCGUCUACGAUCCCCUCCACCCUCCACGGCGCUUCCAUACUGCUCCGACUGUCGUCGAAUUGGGAUUGGUUUGUCAGUCUCAAUGCCGCUGAUUACCCACUUGUCACACAAGAUGAUCUUCUUCACAUUUUGUCAUUUCUGCCCAAAGAUCUUAACUUUGUGAAUCAUUCAAGUUACAUUGGCUGGAGAGAGUCUAGGAGGUUGAAACCGAUAAUUGUUGAUCCGGGGCUUUAUCUUUCGGAGAAAACUGGGAUGUUUUAUGCUUCUCAGAAAAGGGAUUUGCCUAAUGCCUUCCUGCUGUUUACAGGUUCGUCUUUCUCCAUUUUAAGUCGAAAAUUUAUUGAGUUCUGCAUCCUGGGUACAGACAACCUCCCGAGGACUCUACUGAUGUAUUUUGCAAACACUCUAUCAUCCCUUUCCAGUUACUUCCCCACCAUUCUUUGUAAUUCCCAUAAGUUCAACAGAACUGUCAUAAACCACAACUUACAAUAUGCUGCCUUUGACAAGCCUUCUAGCGCUGAGCCCCGCCUACUCAGUUCCAAUGAUUUUGAGGUUAUGAUUCAGAGUGGGGCAGCGUUCGCCACACGAUUCAAAUCAGAUGAUCCGAUGCUUGAUCGCAUUGACCGAGAGAUAUUGGGGCGCGAACAUGACAAUGUAAUCCCUGGUGGCUGGUGCUUAGGUGAGUCUGGAAAUCGCACAUGUUCGGUUUGGGGAAAUGCUGAUGUUCUUAGGCCUGGUCUUGGAGCAAGAAGACUUGAAAAGAGAAUUGUUGAAUUGCUCUCAAAUGGUACAUUUCGGUCUCAGCAAUGUAUGGUUGAGUGAUCUGAUUCUGGUUUCCA